AUGGGCCCGCAAUCGGAGACGUCGAUGAACAAUAAAAGCAUCGUACUCGAGGAAUACCAGAAGCAGCUUGAUCUACUCUACAAGCGACUGGAUUCUUUAAUUAAGGAGGCAAAACAUGCUCAUCGGAAAACAGCCACUAUCGCACUUGACGGUGCUACGGACAAGGGGAGGACGUGA